AUGAGCGGCUCACAAAGCUCUUCUUUCAUCCAGGAGGCGCGCCGGAUGUGUGAUCGACUGGAUAAGCUCGAGUCGUCACUGAAGGAAACCCGCUCGACACUGCAAAAGGGCUACGACCUUGACGUAAGCGCAAAGGUCACGCCUCGAUCUCCGGCCCGGACUUCGAUCCCGGAAGAGUCCAGGACCAUCAAGCCCGUUGCCGCACCAAAGACGUUGGGCGCUCCGAAGGCGAACUCGGUGCAGAAAGCGGCAAACAAGCCAGCAGGAACCAAGAGCACACAGAAGCCGAGUAGUCAGCCAAAACAGGGUGGCACCAAGACUGUGAACAUGGAUAAUGGGCCUGUGGUUAAGAAAGUGAGUGGCACGAGUUCAAAGAAAUGA